AUGGCAGAAAGAAGAAUUGAUCCCGAGGAUGGCAAGGUCAGAACUUUCGAAGAAGUCGUCAAGCGAUAUCAGUCCGAAUACUCCCCGCAGCAGGUGCAGGAGUACUGGGAGAGACAAUGCAAGCCGGUGCCAGCGGACCCCUUCUUGACGCACCUGCAGAGCGGCCAGGGAGGGCCUCGAUAUGGAACCCAACCCGGCCUCUACAUGCAGUCCGAUCAGGCCCCAACAGCCCCUGCAUCACAGGUGAACCUUGGGCAAGUGAAGCUAUCAGAGGAUCCCUUCAUGGCUGCUGCCUUCGCGACGCAGGGUCCUGGACAGGCCCCGCCGUACGCGCCGAGUGCAGAUCUUCCUCCACCGCCUCAUUUCACGGUGGCGGAGGACCCUGCCCGGGAUAAGCAGCAAGCGUACGAAGGAGCGUACUCUUUCUUGGGAGCCGGCGACAAGGAUCGACAGCCUCGUGCGCGGACGAUCCUCGUCCUGGUUCCAGUCCUCAUCUUCCUUUGGGAGAUGAUUAUUUGGUGUAUGUUGGCUCACAUCUCCAUCAAUGCCUGCUGGCUGAUGACGGUGACGCUUUCGGUGGUUUCUGCAAGUGCCGUGACGAUGUGGUUCUAUGGAAUGCGUUGGGGCCCCGUUUCUCUGGCAGCUCUGGGUUUUCUUUGCAUUGUGGCCAUCGUCAUGGGAACCCUUCUGGGGCAGCAAGGAUGGGAUCAGCACUGGCGGCUGUUCUGGUGGAUGAACAUAGG